CCCACCUGAGACGAAGCCACCCAGCGAGCUUCGUCCCUCCACCUCGUCACCAACCGGCGUCUGGACAAGUGUGAGGGACAUUACACAUGAGCUGAGGACGUGAGCUGGGGCGUUGGGUUCGAUAUGGCGGGAAAGCAUCGCGGGUUGUGGCUAUGGAUGUUAGGGUUGCUGCUGCUGUCUGGCUGGGUCAACAUGGACACAGUCUCAGGUGACGAGACGGAGGAUUCUUCUGAAGACCUGCAGCUUCUGUUCAGGCAUCAUGGAUCCAUGACUCGCAGGAAAAGGAAUCUGCUGUUUCCCAGUGGAGUGAAACUUUGCAGUCAGGAGACAUUAGACCAAGCUGUCUCCAACCACCUCAACUACUUUCACCUCAGAGUGUGUCAGGAGACGGUCUGGGAGGCCUUCAAGAUAUUCUUGGACCAACUGCCAGAACGUGACCAGUACCGGGACUGGGUGGGCCGCUGCAUGGAUGGCUCUAUUAGCAUCAAGGAGAUUGGCGCGUUCUUCAGUCAAUCGGAGGAGCACCUCAGCCUCAUUAGGAGCAGAGUUGGCAUGGCGGCACCAAUGAGCAGUGUUCCCAUCAGCUCAGGCCCACCUCUGUGCAGUUCUGAAAGUUUGCCAGGGAUUCCGGGUGGAGGGCUUUUGACCAGCGCCCAGCCAGUUGAAGAAACCCCAUCCUCUGGUCAAGCGGAUCCUACUGAGACACCCUCGCCCUCUGCACUUGAGGAAGUCCUUGAAGGAGAAUUAUCACAGACUCCUGUGGAGUUGACCCAUGACACUGUUGUCGCUGGUGUGCCAGACGGGUCGGUAGGCUGUGGCUCUAUCGUUGCAAGUCACUCUGACAAGACCACUAAUGUUCCUCCUGACGCUAUUGUAAAACUAAUCUCUAAGCCGACUGCCCAGGUCCCACAAGAGGAUAGUCGUGCAGGGGUCACCGCUUUAACUGAGGAAGGUUUUCCAGAUACAUUUCAAGACGUGGUGACUGAAGAAACAAAAUUGGAAAAAGAGGAAAUCAAAUCUAUGGAAGAGCUACUUGUAAUUGUCAAUGAUGCCACAAACAAGGAAGACCCAAUAGUGGCUACAAAAGAGUCUGUCAAAUCAGUUGAUGAGGCAAGAGAGGAACGACCCGCUGAAGCUACAGAAGAACCAGAUGAAAGUCCAGCUGAAGCACCGAUUAUACCUGCAGAGGCAGAGAUUGUCAUAGAAACUGUGGAAGAAGCUCAACUGCCACAUGAUGUAGCAUUCAGGGACGGAAUUGACUCUUUAGGAGUAAAAUCUAUGGGAAUGGAACCUGGACCUGAAGUACCUGACACACACAGUACCCAUCUUGACUUAACAGAGAAAACACCUGAAGCUGGGGUUGAGACUUUGGAGGGAAAGGCUGACAUGACACAUUUAACAGCAGAAUCCACAUCUAAACAUGAAGCUCCAAUAAAAGCAAUUCAAGAGAACAUUGAGGAAUCACAUCCUGAAUCUGAUGAAGAUGCAAGUCUAGUUAUUUCCCUGGAGAGUUCAGAGGAAUUACUGCCAGAGACUGAAUCAGAGGAACCAGAUGUAAUGGAGGAACUUCAGGAAGACUCUGAUGUGGGACGUCCAUCAGCAAUGAUCACGCAGAGUUCUACCACUGAAGUUGAUAAUGAUGGUAAAAUUGAAGUAUUUCCUGAAGUUGAGGAAGAGCUUCCAGGUGAAGACCUUGGCCCAGUGGUCUCCUCUGAGGGUGAUGAGCCCCCAGAAAGUGUCCAGACAAGUCCUACAGAGGUUCCUUCUGACAAAGUCCAGUUUAUCUUUACAGAUGCAACAGCAGAAGAUGGAAUACGUACAGAGGCACCGUCCCAUGAAACAGUCGUUAAAGCCACUGUGGAAAGCAAUGCCGCAUUUGAGGCCACACCGAGCAGCUACGUGCAAGCCACCACAACAUAUGUUGUGGAGUACAACAAUGGCAACUUCCCAGAUUCCACAGAGAGCCCCCUGAAGGCCGAUAGCAACUUACUGAGUUUCCCCUUUGAUGAACAAGAGAACUCACUUCAUAAUGAAAUCGACAACACCUUCCUGAGGCCUCUGAAGGAACAGAUGGUGGAACUGAGCAUUACACUGAGAGAAGAAUCCUACAACGGUGCUCUGAGAGACCCGAGUAGCGUCCACUACCAGCAACUAGUUCGACACUUCACCCGCAGGAUUAGAGACGCCUUUGAGAAGCUGCCAGUCUUCAAGAAUGUCUUUGUCAUUGAAUUCAGACCUCAGAAGGACCUGGAACGGGGUUUGGUGGUUCAUGUCCACUAUGCCAUCACUUUGGCGAUGGACAGUGACGGCAUCUCGAAUGCCACGAUGGACUUCAUCACGCUGCAGAACAACCUGGUGGAGAAGAACUAUCCUGCUGCUCCUGAGGAACCAACUAUAGUUUACACCAUCACCGACUUCCGUAACUACAUUACGGAAGCUCUUCGCAAAGACAACGUGCUGACCAACAGCAGCCUUGGGACCCACUCUGACCCGCUGCUGCUGGAGAAUGCUGAGAAUUUGUUACCUCUAGGGAACCCGACGAGUCGACCAGCCGACAACUUCUACAACAUGGAUAACGUCCUUAAUGCAGAGAGACCACCCGACGAACUGAAUCCGGAGAUGGAAAACCGGGAUAUUUUUCCGAAGAAGGAUGACUUCCUUUUUGACUCAUUCGACUCGUGGAGAGACACAAAGACUGAAGCCGUGAGCGAAAAUGACGUCUUCAUGGUUGAUGAGAGUACAACAUUUCCACCGACCCCCGAGAGGAUGCCAAGUCUGCUGCCAAGCACACAAGACUCUAAUGAAAAUAUUGAAAAGGAGGGUUUUCUAGUAAACAAUGCUCCUGGUGCUACAAACAAGCCCUUCCAAGGGGACCAUGAAGCUUCCAAUUCUCCACUUUCACUUAAAACACAGAAAGGCCUUGAGUUUGCAGUGGAUUAUGGCUCUGGCUCUGGUUUCUCAGGAGAUGGGCAGGAAGGGGUUCUUCAGUCUUGGGACCCGGAAGCAAGCUUUUAUGGUGAAAGCCAUCUGGAGGUGCUGCCACCACCAGAUCUGGAAGAGACAGAUGAGGAUGAUGGAAUACAGGAAGUAGGGGGGAUUCUUGUUCAGUCACUAACCAGCAAACAGGAUGAAGUCAUGGGUUUCCUGUCCACCCCUGCUAUACCUUUACAUACACUUCCUACAUUAGAGGACUUUAAGCCAGAUGGAGACACGGACAACCCAUUCUUGGAUAAGGUUUUAUUUACACCCCACAUCAGCACAGACCCUCGGUUCUCUACCACUGAUCCACCUGUCUUUUCACCCAAAGGCACUUUGACAGUCGAGUUGUCUGUGCAGACAGUGGAAGCAUCUGGCCUCUAUGAAGAGUCACAUGUGACGCAGGAUCAACACAAUUUGGUGGCAUUUACGGGUGCUCCUCAGCUGCAGACUUGGUCUUAUGAGCACCCAGGGUUCUCACCAGACGUGGCAGUGACAAGCGAAACCACAAAAGCUUCUCCUGUGCAGGAAAACACUGAUGCUGCUGCAGAGUUGAAAAAAAAAGAACUCAUUGCGACUCAAAAACCUGACAUGACCACACAACGACCAACAUUUGAAGAAGUUCAAACAGUUGCAGUCGAAGAAUCGCACUUUGAGGUUUUCCCUCCUCAAUCACCUCCUGAGGAAGUCUUGCCUGAAGAACCCAAUUUGCCGCUUCCAGAAACCCACCAUGAUGGGGUUGAAGUGUUAGAGGAGCAACUUCUCCUGUUAUCUCAACCAACAACUGCAAUGGUUGUGACCCUCGAAGAAGACCUGCUGGUGGAUGAAAUCUUAGUUGUUACAACAACUGCUGCUACUGCUCCUGUUGUCACUUUCUCACCUGUUACUUCAGACCCCAACCCCAUUGCCCUCUCUCCAGAGAAAGAUUCACCAUUCACUCGAGUGUCAGAUUCAGCACCCGAAGACGAGGACUCACUUAAUCCUGAGUACUCCAAUCACGAAGCUCAUGGUCUGUUCAGCACACUGUCGUCAGAAGUCAGCGGGAAAAAAAGUCCUUCAACAGAUGAAGAUUUUGGAACAAACUUGGAACUUAAAACGACAACUUUGUUGCUUCCAGAAAUCACUAACAGUACAGAAGCAGAUGAAAUCCAGACUAUAAAGCAUGUGCCAGGCAUUGAUGUCAGCCUUGACGUGUCCCAGUAUGGCAGCAUAGUAACACAAGGUGACAGCAGCGGCUACUCCAGUGGAGCGCAGGGCUCAGAGCUGGAUGCGAUUGCAUUGCCGACCAGGCCAAUGCAAGCCCUGACAGUGUUCUUCAGGCUACGGGUGACCAACAUGGCGUUCUCCAUGGACCUUUUCAACAAGAGCUCCCCUGAAUACAAAGCACUUGAGCAACGGUUUCUACAACUGCUAGUUCCAUACUUGCAGUCCAACCUAAACAACUUCCAGAACUUGGAGAUCCUCAACUUCAGAAAUGGCAGUAUUGUGGUUAAUAGCCGCAUGAGAUUUGGCAAACCAGUUUCUAGAGGUGUUGCCAACGUUGUUUUCCUCAUUCUUGAGGACUUUGCUAACACUGCCUACCAAACCAUGAACCUUGCCAUUGAUAAGUACUCACUGGACGUUGAAUCAGGUGACAAAGCGGACCCGUGUAAGUUCCAGGCAUGUAACGCCUUCUCGCAGUGUAUGGUCAAUCGGUGGUCGGGUGAGGCCGAGUGUGUAUGUGACGCCGGAUAUCUGAGCGUGGACGGCCUGCCAUGUCAGAGCAUCUGUGAUGUCCAGGAAGACUUCUGCCUCAACGAUGGGAAAUGUGACAUCAUUGCGGGCAAGGGCGCCAUCUGCAGAUGGCUGCUGCAAAUAUUUAACAACCGCAGGUGUCGCGUCGGAGAGAACUGGUGGUACCGUGGCGAACACUGUGAAGAGUAUGUCUCUGAGCCACUGGUGGUCGGCAUUGCCAUUGCCUCAGUCGCGGGUUUCCUUGCGGUGGCCGCUGGGAUCAUCUUCUUCCUGGCCAGGACCCUGCGCGAGCAGUAUGACACCGAGGACACAGAGGAUCCUCUGAGACGAGGUGACAGCGCGCCAACUCUGGAACGUGCCACUAAAUUCAACCCAAUGUUUGAGAGUGACCCAGUUACGACCCAGUAUUACCGCCGCUAUGAUGAUGACCGUCCCCAGUACAGCAGCCCCACUACCACGUCGAAUGAACUCAGUAGCGAGGAGGUCCGACACAUCUACCAGAACAUGGCGCUCACCAAAGAAGAGAUCCAGGAGCGUCUAAGGAUCAUCGAGCUGUGCGCCAGGGAUCAACAUUUUGCAGACUUUGUGCGACAGACGCAAGUAUUCCUGGAACGACGGGGCAGCUCCACCACAUAACGAGCUGCAAGCUUAAGAGGGUGGCCCCAAUACUCCUUCGUACCAGUCGCCAUCAACCUGAUUCAUUUUAUUUUUGCAUUCUAGAAUGUUCAAAUCGCUCAAUGAAGUAGGCUGACGUUAACGUUAGGUUAGCAAGCAUCAUUCUACACAGACAGCUGCCUUUGCCUGCGACUGUGAAAGUGGUGACUUGGGCGGUCGCAGCGCCUGAUUGGACAGGAAGGUGAUGAGUUUUAUUUUCGCAAGACAACUUUUGACCAUUGACCUUUUUGACAGUCGUGUCUGAUCUUUUGGCUGUCAUUAUCAGCUGGUAUAACUAAAAAAAAUUAUAAUUUUUUUUUGUAUCUCCUUCUGCUUCUUGUCUCACUUUAAGGGCCUAAUUCCUUAAAAUAACAUAUAGGAGGUGCUAAAUUGCGUGUUCAUUUACUCUAACAGAUUGCACCGCGUUGGCAACAGGUGUAAAAGUGGUAGAGACUGCCGUAUUUAAGAGGGUUUUGCACUUUAUGUAGCUCUGAUGGUUUUCACCAUGAAAUAUUUUGGAGAGCACCACAAACACAAAAUCAAGUUGGAAGUGAUGGAAUUGCAAGUGAUAGCGGAAGACAAACAAACAGAAAACUAAUUUAUACCUCUGAGCAUUGUGGGAAAGCCAGGAACUGCAUGGGCCUUGUUUUGUUUGAUUUAACUCGCCCCGACUGCGUGACCACUGGAUGCAUGUGCCCAUCCUGCGUAACAUUGUGUUUAGAACGUGGGACAGUACACCCAGAAACCUGCCCCAGGAGUGGCCAGCACCAGAGAGCCACAGAGCGCUGGAAUGACCCAGAUACAAGGACACGCAGAGUUGAAUGGAAUAUUGUCAUUGGUAAUAUGGCAAGACUGGCUCUAAGUCCACCCUUAGAUCAUUCAGGACUUCCAACAUUAUAUUUAUAAAUAAACUAUAAAGUGUGUCCUGAUCAGUUUUGUUUAUGGCAUUUCAAAAAUGUUUACACAAGCGGAAAAGAUCUGUUCUCCCCGUCAUCUCUCAUUUUGUCAGCGCCUUCUCAUUGUAGUACACACAGCGGUGCCGUUUGCACCUGCCUUUCAGACGUGGUAUUUAAAGGCGCCAAAUCAGCCAUUAAAGUUCGUUUCAGAUUUGAGAAAUUACAUUGUGCAAUGUAUUUGCAUUUACUCCUCCCACAAUGUGCAAAAUGAGGUAUGGGGAAAUUUUGGAUGUUUGGCAGAUCCAAUCCUGGUUCGCCAGGUUAGUAGAUCAGCUUCCACAUCAAGUUUGCGCCCGUUUUUGCUCGUGCAGCCCUUUAGUAAAUCAGACCCCAAGUAUUUUUUGUUUGCUGUCAUGCCCUGUCCGUGUUGCUUCCACUUUCAAUGAUUUUUCUGACACUGCUCGCGAUCUGGAAGAAAUGUGGUGAUUCUAUCCUCUUUCCAGAAACCUUUACUUCUGUUUUCCUGGGUUUGUUCUUUGGGGCCAGCGUGACUCCUCCUCAGUGCCUUGGUUGCUCUGUCAGCUUGUGGACGUGACGCAGCUCAGGGCCCUUGAAACAAACCACUUUAGUGUUUCGACCUGGAUCAGUUGUUCUUCUUGUCUCUCGGUCCAGUCAGCUGCCUGCACAGUGCAACCAUGCACCCUGCAUGUUUACAUCAGUCGUAGAUGAAGAGUAGCCUAGCGACACAUUUGCAUGUUUUUUUAAAAUGAUAACCCGGUGUCGCUCUUACUAAUAACAUGCAACAUUGCGAGCAUGUCUAUUUUAUAUGUUUAUAUAUUGUCAUUGUAAUUUAGCAGUGAAGCUCAAGCUACAGACCUGCAAAUUUCAUGAUGGCAAAUUGUGCUGUAUGUUUUUUUUUUCAUGUGAUGCUGUUUUAGAAGUGUUUUAGCACAUUGAAAGUUUCUUAAUCUGUUCCUACAUAGUCUGAAGUACAUCUUUGAAAUGACCUUGCUAAACCUUGUCAUGGCUUAAUAAAUGUUAUUAAGGACAUUGCGUUCACAAAAACAACUUUAUGAUUGAACUAGUGGUGCUUGGAACUCCAAACAAAGCAUAUUUGAAACAACAUGCAUGUCUACAUUUUGUCUCCUUGUAUUGACUUUCCUUGUGGGUUUGUUUGUCUAGUUGUCUUUGUGUUGGACAAGAAGCAAACAAGCUGCUUUGCUGCUGUUUGUCUUGUGUUUUGUAUUGUGUUUUCUAUCGGUCCGAUCGUAGACCAACAUGACUGUCUGGUGUGUUUGUGCGAGCAGCACCAUUUUCUAAAAUAAAAUGAGAAUAUUUUUUA